AUGGCAAGUUUUUCAGGGAAGAGUCUGCCAAGCGCUGUGGAUCGAGUCACCAGCCUGCCCUUGCUCAGCUCUGCCUUCAACCUGGUCUCCUCUGCCUACAGCCACACCAAGGAGUCCCACCCGUGCCUGGGGGGUGUCUGCAGCGUGGCUGAGACCGUGGCUGCCGUGGCCAUGGGCAGCGUGGUCGGGGGGGCACAGCCCAUCCUGAGCCAGCUGGAGCCGCAGAUCGCCCUUGUGAAUGAAUAUGCCUGUAAAGGUCUGGAUCAGCUGGAGGAGAACUUGCCCUUCCUGCAGCAGCCAGCAGACAAGGUAAGGACAGGCUUUUCCAGGGGAAGCUGGAUGGAACUCCCUCCCACAGACUGCCAGCACAAACCCAAGGGGAAAAGCUUUCUCAGGGAGGGAAAACACUUUGGAACAACAACAACAACAAUCUCUCUGUGCCUGUCCCUGGUGCAGGUAAUCUCGGACACCAAGCAGCUGGUGACCACCAAGGUGACAUCAGCCAUGGACGCCGCCUGCGAGGCCAAGGAAGCCGUGGCUGACAAAGUCACUGAAGCUGUGGACCUCACUAAAAACGUUGUUGGGGACAGUGUGAAGCUGACCAGGUCUGUGGUCAGCUCCACUGUCAGCAGCGCUGUGGAGGCUGCCCAGGGGGCCAAGGAGCUGGUGACCAACAAGGUGACCGAGGCCGUGGGUGUCACCAAGCACAUGGUGGAGGACAGCGUGGACAGGACCAAGCUUGCAGUGGCCUCUACGAUUGUCAACGCUGUGGAGGCUGCCCAGGGGGCCAAGGAGCUGGUGACCAACAAGGUGACAGAGGCUGUGGACCUCAGCAAGCACCUUGUGGAGGACAGCGUGGACAGGACCAAGUCUGCUGUGACUUCCACCAUCACUGGAGCCAAGGAGCUGGUGGCCAACAAGGUGACUGAAGCAGUGGACCUGACCAAGGGGGCUGUUCAAGACAGUGUUGAAAAGACCAAAUCCGUGGUCACCUCGACGGUCAGCACAGCAGUGAGCCAGGCAGUGGCUGGAGGUGUGGAAUCUGUGCUGGGAAUGUCAGAGGAUCUGGUGGAUCAUUACCUCCCGAUGACUGAGGAGGAGCUAGGUAACCUGGCCACCUCGGUGCAGGGCUUUGGCGUGGCCUCGCUGGAGGAGCAGAGGAGGCAGCGCAGUUACUUUGUGCGCCUGGGCUCGCUGUCGGGCAGGCUGCGGCACCGAGCCUACCAGCACUCCCUGGCCAGGCUGCAGGGCUUCAGGCAGAGCACCCAGGACACCCUGGCACGGCUGCAGCUGGCAAUAAAACUGAUUGAGUCUGUGAAGCAGGAGGUUGGCCAGAAGCUGCUGGAGGGGCAGGAGAAGCUCCAUCAGCUGUGGGUGGACUGGAGCCUGACACAGCCCAAAGGAAACCAAGUCAGAACUGCGUGCCAGCCAGAGCAGGUGGAAUCCCGCACUCUGGCCAUGCUCAGGAUCAUCACCCAGCAGCUCCAGCCCGCCUACGAGAGCCUCCGGCUCAGCACCCACGGCCUCCCCAGCAGUGUCCAGGAAGCCGUGUCCCGGGCCACUCGGCACAUCCACAAGCUCCACAGCUCCUUCUCCAAGGCUGUGUCCUUCCAGGACCUCUCCAGAACCACGCUGGCCCGCUGCCAGGACCGGGUGGCAGAGGCCCGGAGGUCCCUCGAUGUCCUCCUGGAGUAUGUCACCCACAACACCCCUCUGAACUGGAUUGUGGGGCCCUUCAGGGCCAUGGCCAGGGGGGAACAGCACAGCAGAAAGCAUGAGAAGAAGGAGAUGAGGAGUGAUAGAAAAUUACCGGAGUUGGAAAAGGCUGCGCUGUCACAGGAGGUGACAAAGGCACCUGAAGAGCCAAAGGGAGGCACCAAGCUCUCAGAAAAAUGGUGUGAGGUGCUGGAGAAGCUGGAGGAGAAGGUGGGGAAGCCAGAGGAGAACACAAGCAAGGACACAGAGGUGGCCCUGACUGCAAAGGAGAUAAAAACCAGUGCACCAGAGGAAGAUCUCUGA